GCCGGGAGGCUCCGCGCGCCCCGGGUGAGGCGAUUUUUGGGGCCAUAACGCUGCUUUUUGGUUCCUUUUGGGCGGCAGCCGAGGAAGAGGAGGAGGAGAAGGCGAAGCCGGCGGGCUCGGACGGGGAGCGGCGCGGCGUCAAGCGGCAGCGGGACGAGAAGGACGAGCACGGGCGCGCCUACUACGAGUUCCGCGAGGAGGCCUACAACAGCCGCUCCAAGUCGCCGCCGCCGCCGGAGGAGGAGCCGAGAGAAGGGGAGGACGAUGAGAGCGCCGUCAUCCUGGACACGUACACCUCGGACCUGCAGUUCCGCGCCACGAAGGAUCGCUACGGGGGGCAGCCGCUCUUCUUCGAGAAGUUCCCGGCGCUCUGGGCCGGGGCGCGGAGCACGCACGGCGUCACCAAGGGCAGGGUGUGCUUCGAGGCCAAGGUGACGCAGCACCUCCCGGUGAAGGAGGGCAGCUCCGAGGUGCCGCUCUUCCGCGUCGGCUGGUCCGUCGACUUCUCCCACUCGCAGCUGGGUGAGGACGACUUCUCCUACGGCUACGACAGCCGGGGGCUGAAGGUGGCGAGCGGCCGCUUCGAGCCCUUCGGGCAGCCCUUCGGCGAGGCCGACGUCAUCGGCUGCUACGCGGACUUCGAGGGCGACGAGGUGGUCGAGCUGGCCUUCUCCAAGAACGGCGAGGCGCUGGGGGCGGCUUUCGCCGUGCCCAAGGCGGCGCUGGGGGGCCGGGCGCUGCUCCCCCACGUCCUCUGCAAGGGCUGCGCCGUCGAGCUCAACUUUGGGCAGAAGGACGAGCCCCUCUGCCCCGGCCCCGACGGCUUCGUCUUCAUCCACGCCCUGCCCCCCGACCCGCGCGGCCGCCCCCCGCGGCCCCCCAAAACCCCGGGGGGGGGGGGGGUGGGGGGGGGGGGGGGGGGGAG